CAGGCAUACACGCACAUGGGCGCGCAUACACGCAGCCGCCCGCCUGCCACCAGCCUGGCACGCUCCACCGUGCUGUGACGGAGUCUGUUCGAAAGGCUCGAAUAGUCACUGUCCCUGUGGAAAGCCCCCUUCUUGGCGGGACUCGCUUGCUUGGUUGGACUGGCCAGCCUGCCCUACCCCUGGUAAACACGGUCGACAAUGUGCGGCCAGACGACGCCUGGUCGUGGCCGGCACUGCCCUACAUAUACCUAUGUAGACACUGGUCAUCCGACAGGAAACUUUGAUCUCGCCAUUCUUCACAUCAGCCACUGUUGUAUCACUCAUUCAGACAGGAUCUUGACGAUUCCUAAUUCUUCUCUUCGAUUCUUGAUUUCGAUUCUUCGAUAGGCUGGGCCUGCAUUCAUUCGUGCUUUCCUCUCCAUAUCGGGGCCAACGUCGUGUUUAUACACCCUCCUUCGAUUCUCGACGAUCUUUUCAAAGUCCCCGAACUCCACCCAUCAUGUCUUCGCUCACCCGAGUACUGCUCGCCGCAGCUUUCGCGUCCCUGGCCCACGGCCACUCGCAGAUCCUGAACGCCCAGGGAGAGGCAGGAUCUCCAGCCUCCACUGGUUUCUUGGUCGAGGGUGACAUUGCGAGGAACUGCACGUCCAUCAGCCCUUGCCAGCAGGAUGCCACCAUUAUCCGUGAUGCUGAAAUCGUCGCCAACAUCGCCAACGAGUGCGGACGUACUGAGAUUGCUGGAAACAUCGACGUUGGGGAGAACACCGAGAACGCCCUUGCUGCCAAUGCUGUUACCCAGGUCUCACCCGGUGGUGACUUGACUGUCACCAUCCACCAGGUCAACGCUGAUGGUGCCGGCCCUUACACAUGCGAUCUGGACCCCACUGGUAACUCUCUUGGAGCUACUGGCCAGAUUCCUCUCGAGGUCACGAACAACGUGCCUGGAGCCAAUGGCUUCUCUCAGGCCAAGACUGAGGACUUCAACAUCACCGUCAAGAUGCCCGCUGACCUGAACUGCACUGGAGCCUCAACCGGAAACAUCUGCACUGUCCGAUGCCGAAACAACGCCCUGGCCGGCCCCUUCGGCGGCUGCUUCCCCGUCCAGCAGGCCGGCGCCGACAACAAGACCAACGUCGCCGGUGAAAUCACCACCGCCCAGACCCUCGAAGGCGUGCAGAAUCAGGUUGAGCAGAACAAGAAGGACCUCGACGUCGCCAUCGCCGCCAACCAGCAGGAGGGAAGCAAGGAGGGCCAGGCCGCCGCCGCCUCGGUCAAGGACGUCCUCAACCAGCAGGACCCCGUCGUCAACGAGGCCCCCGUUCAGACCCCGGCCCUCGCCGAGCCCGGCGCGGCUGACGCUGCGGCUGCCGACCAGAACAACAACAACGGUGCCAACGCUGGUGGAAACGACAACAACAACAACAACGGCGGCAACGGUCGUCAGCGUGGCGGCAAGAAUACCGGCAACGCCAACGCUGCCUCUGGAAAUGGGAACGCCGCAGGUGGAAACGCCAACGCCGCGACUGGAAACGGGAAUGCCGCGACUGGAAACGGCGCCACCGGUGGUCAGGGCAAUGGCCGUCAGCGCGGAGGCAACAACAACAACAACAAGCGCUUCACUCGCUGGGUCGGCAGGGAACUGUUCAACCUCCGCCAGUAAAUGGCCAGGGGCGUCUGGACAACACGAUGCGUCUUUCUUAUGUGUAUCUAAUAGGCUGCUGAUGAAGAGGACGACGCUCCAACGCGAGGGAAAAGAGGCUUUGUGGUAUGGUGCUUAAACCCCCAACUACCUUGUGGAGAAAGUACAAGCCUGGCCGAUGCGAUACCGACUGCCUUUUCUUACACUUGGUUUCUAGUUGUUUGUGAAUAAUUUAGAACGAACUUGAGUAUUACAC